AUGAAUCAACCAAGCAACGAUCAUUUUUUAGUUGCGUUAAGAGUUCUUCGAUACCUUUCUAGCACUUCAAAUCAGGGUCUAUUCUUUUCUUCAUCCCCUUGCUUUGAACUCUUAACCUUCUGUGAUGCCGAUUGGGCAUCCUGUCGUGAUUCUCGUUAUUCCGUUAGUGGCUUCUUUAUCAGUCUUGGCGGAUCCCCAAUUGCUUGGAAGUCUAAGAAACAAACUUCUAUUUCCUUGUCUUCCGCAGAAGCGGAAUAUAGAUUCAUGAGGCGUCUUGUUGUAGAAAUUACUUAUUUGACUCGUCUUCUUUCAGAUCUCUCAAUCCCACCAUCUCUACCAAUUCCCAUUUUCUCCGAUAGCCAAGCAGCUAUUCAUAUCCUAUGUUCCACAAACGGACAAAACAUGUGGAACUCGAUUGCCAUUUUGUUCGACAACAGUUUCUUUCCGAGCUUAUUUCCCUCUCAUUUGUCCGUUUAA